AUGGCGUCGAGGGCAAGCUCGAGGGCUCCGUCGGCGGGAGGUAGCGCGUUAGAUGAGGAUCUCUUCUUUGACGAUGCUGUGAUGGAGACGGGCACGUGCUACGCUUGCAACUUGGAUGAUGUGCUCACGAACCUCCCCUGCCGCCACGACGGGCACACCUUCCACCAGGGCUGCUAUGAGGGGGUCAGGGCCCACUGGCGAAGCAUGAGCAACUUUCCCGCGGCGAAGGAGGCCAACAAGCAGAACUACAAGAACGACCCCAUGGCGUGGCGAGCUUCGGUGGCUCCGUUUCUCCCGAGCGCCGAGCCCGAGGUUAGGGCCCAGGCAGUGGCGAAUGCGAAGCGGGAGCACGCGGAGAUCGAGGAGCACGUGGAGAAGCAGUUCGACCAGGAGCUGGAGGACGACAUGCUGCUCACCAAGUCGCAGUACAUCGGCUGGAUGCUGAACAACGAGGCGUCGACGAGGACACGCAGGGAGCUCGGGAAGGACUUCGACCGACUUGUGGAGGAGCAGGGGGACAAGCACAAGAACAGGAACGGCGAGAGCCGCGUGAAGCAUGAGGGAUAUGGGACGCUGCGGAAGGGCAAGAGCAACGAAGUCAAAAAAGGCGUGCUGAAGGUCAGCGAGAUCGACGUUGAGACCUACAGCCUCAAGCGACGGAGGUUGACUACGAAGACGGCUUCCACGGCUUGGUCAGUGUCAGGUUCGAGUUCGGGAGUGCUCAGCCCUGGGCCCGAUGGAUCACUUAGUCCAUCACCUAGUCUUCCGACCGUUCGCCCCUCGGAGGUCUCGACGCCUGUGCCGCCAACGAAGAAGAAAGCUGGAAGCGAGCGCCAGGCCACCACUCCACCAGAGAACGACGAGGCUCUCUUGGCCAAGCCCCCCCAGGAUCUCUCGGCGUUAGAGUUGCUCCGCAGGCAAUCGAUCCUGUCGCGGAAGAUCGAGGAUGCGCUGAACACCUUGAAUGGCGCCGCAGGCGAGAAGACGAAGAUGACUACCAUGUCGGAGAAGCUGGCCAGUCUCGAUGCCAAGCACCAGCUGCCCACCAAGACCGAUGCGAUCGCCAAGAAGGCCGACGACCAGACGGAGAUCCUGAAGGAGAAGAAAGGUGAGGUGAACCAUUCGACUGUGGAGAACUUGGCGUCGCUCGAGAGGUCCGCCGAGGUCGCCAUCGAGCAGCUGGAGAUCGCCAAGAGGGCCUGCAAGGACCACUACGAGGCCAUGGACUUCGUAUUCAAGGACAGGAAGGUCCAGGAGCGCAAGGUCUACCAGGCCGAGCACCACCAGAUCAUGAAGGUUGCGAACUCCCUGAUCUCGGGUGGCUUCAAGAAGAAGCUGGGGAUCGCGGUUGCGAGAAACAUCCGCGGCUACCCGCUGGCGGAGAAUAAGCUGACCAACCACACGCUGGGAGUUGCUGCCCCCGAGGACGACGAGGCGGAGUACAGUGGGGACACCAUCCAGAUCUUCUGCAGCGCGGGUACAACAAUCGAGAAGAUGGUCAACCAGUUCAUGGCGGAGUCGGCCACGAAGAUGGAGGCCAAGAUCACGACCAUGGACAACCUCAUGCUCAGGGAGGCGAAGGCGCCAGGGGCCAUUGGCCGCAUCCAGAGCUCGUUGCAGACGUUCGACUUCGCGCCCCUCCCGAAUGACAUGACUCUUGAUGCAGAUGGUGGUGCGGACCCCUGGAUGUUCACAGCUAGGUUCAACGCGUUCAGGUUUGGUGCAGCUGCAGUUCCUCUUCCUGGCGUAGGCUUCGUCAUGAAGAAUUGGGAGAGCCAGAUGUACGUGGGCCUCUUCAAGAUCGAGAGCCUGCUCGAGGACGGUAUCGUGAUGCCGAACGCCGCGAAGUUCCUUGAGACGGACGACGGCGUCAAGUUUUUCGAGCGCUCCGAGUGGGUGGUGGUUCCGCCGAAAGGGAUCUUGAGUGUGCCGUGGGGUUGGGUCGCGAUGCCAGUGUUCUACGAGCCUAAGAAAACGACGGAAUGGGGCCACGCUUGGUGUUUGGCGAAGCUCUCGGUGACGGAGGCCAAGAGGUGCGGCACGGAUGUGCUGAAGACGAUCAAGGCCUUCAACGAUGACCACAUGAAGGGCUCUGCGGCGGUGCCCAUGUGGAAGGCCAGGGCGACGAAGUUCAGUCAAUUUAUGGAGUCCGUGUUGCAAUGA